UCUGUAGCACUGUUAAUGGUGGCCGCGGAUGAGGGGAUCCUGCACGCCUCUGGGAGCAGGCUGCCCCCAGUGACAAAGGAUUACUGCAUCAUUUACAAUUCUAAGUGGACAUCUCUUCCAAAAAGCCUGGACAAUGCUACUUUCAGGACUCUGGAAAACCUGACUUCCACAGUCCUCUGCAGUUCAUCUGAAGUUCCUUCUGGCAUAAUGAAGGACAAAGCAGUUGUAGUGAUGAGAGGAAACUGCACCUUUUUGGAGAAAGCAAGAAUUGCACAAAGUUUGGGUGCUAAGAUGCUGUUGAUUGCCAGUAAAUCCGGGCUGUCUGCUAUUUCAGACAACAAGACUGAUUUUGAAGAUGUGACUCUUCCAGUUGCUCUUAUAAGAUACAAUGACAUAGUAGAUAUGCAGCUGACACUUGGAAAUGAAGUUAAUGUGACUCUGUAUUCACCACCUUUGCCAGAGUUUGAUUACAGCAUGGUUGUCAUCUUCCUAAUUGCUGUGUCUACAGUGGCACUGGGAGGCUACUGGAGCGGAGUAGCAGAACUGGAGAAUCUGAAAGCAAUAGCAAGUCCAGGGGAGAGAGAAACCAGACGGAAGAAGGAGGAAAAUGUUACCUUCACCCCUGUAACAGUUAUCUUGUUUGUUGCCAUCUGUUGUGUCAUGCUGGUCUUACUUUAUUUCUUCUACAAGUGGUUAGUGUAUGUUAUAAUAUCAGUCUUCUGCUUGGCCUCUGCGAUGAGUCUGUACAACUGUCUGGCAGCAUUAGUAGGAGAAAUCCCAUUUGGGCAGUGCAGGAUUACGUGUUGUAACAAAACCAUUGAAGUGAGGCUUAUUUUUCUUGCUGUGUUCUGCACAGCAGCAGCUGUUGUCUGGGCAGUGUUUCGAAAUGAAGACAGGUGGGCUUGGAUUUUGCAAGAUAUUUUGGGAGUUGCCUUCUGCCUAAACUUCAUUAAAACACUGAAAAUGCCCAACUUUAAGUCCUGUGUAAUACUUCUAGGCCUUCUGCUUCUAUAUGAUGUGUUUUUUGUCUUCAUAACACCAUUUAUCACUAAGAAUGGGGCAAGUAUAAUGGUUGAAGUUGCAGCUGGUCCCUUUGGAAACAGUGAAAAGAGUGAUGGAAACUUGGUGGAAGUCCCUACUGAACGCUCAGCUCCCCAUGAGAAAUUACCUGUGGUUAUUAGAGUGCCUAGACUUGAACACUCUGCAUCGACACUGUGUGACUUGCCAUUUUCAUUGCUGGGUUUUGGAGACAUUAUUGUCCCAGGGCUUCUGGUUGCCUAUUGCCGAAGAUUUGAUGUUCAAACAAGUUCGUCUUCUGUAUACUACAUUUCCUGCACAAUAGCUUAUGCUGUUGGUAUGGUGCUGACUUUUGUUGUUCUGGCACUAAUGAAGAUGGGACAACCUGCCCUUCUCUAUCUUGUACCAUGUACACUCAUCACCAGCUCACUUGUUGCCUGGAGGCGCAAAGAGAUGAAGAAGUUUUGGAAAGGAAGCAGUUACCAGGUAUCGGACUCGUCCAGGACGCCUUUGCUACAAGAUGAUGGAACACCUGGAUUACACAGGAAAUGAAGAAAGCACAGUAUCGGCCCCUGAACAACCUGGAGGACAAUAACAUAUGGGAUCCUGAUUCAAAAUGGCAUUUGAAUUUUCAACAACUCAAUUACACUAAAUUUGGUGAAAUUUUACAAUAGAGUGUUUCCCACUCUGUGUAAAAGGGUUUUUUAUUCCUGCACCUAUAUUUUUAUGGAAAAUAUUGUUAACGACUUAAAAGUAAUCAAAAUAGACUUGCAUUUUUACAGCCAAACCAUAGCUAGUAAAACUGUGCCUUAUUUCAAUUUAAAUAAAAGGAUAUUUUCUAUGCAAUUUUCCAA